AUGGUACCCAGAGUGAGGGUUGAGGGGUGGUGAAAGGUGUCUAGUAAUUGGUGGUGCAGAUUUUUUCCAGCGCGUGUGCUGGGCUACCUGGUCGCCAUGGAGGCAAUCUUGACGGAGGAGCUUGAUGAGGAGGAGCUGCUGGUGAGAAGGCAUCGCAAAGAGAAGAAGGAGUUGCAAGCUAAAAUUCAGGGUAUGAAGAAUGCUGUUCCCAAAAAUGACAAAAAGAGGAGGAAGCAACUCAUAGAAGAUGUUGCUAAGUUGGAAGCAGAAAUGGGGCAGAAACACAGAGAGGAACUGGAGCAACUGAAGCUAACUUCUAAGGAGAAUAAGAUAGAUUCUGUUGCCGUUAACAUUUCAAGCUUGGUUCUUGAGAAUCAGCAACCUCGGAUAUCAAAAGCACAAAAGAGACGGGAAAAGAAAGCUGCAUUGGAAAAGGAACGGGAAGAAAGGAUAGCUGAAGCUGAAAUUGAGAACUUAUCUGGAGCCAGACACAUAGAAAGUCAAAAACUUGCUCAAAUAUUGGCAGCCAGGCAGUUGGAAAUUAAACAUAUUCCAUCUGAUGGCCACUGCAUGUAUAGAGCCAUUGAAGAUCAGCUGAAGGAAAAGGAUUGCUCUCUGACUGUGGCUGCCUUAAGAAGCCAGACUGCUGAAUAUAUGAAAAGCCAUGUGGAAGACUUUCUGCCCUUUUUAACAAACCCUAAUACAGGAGAUAUGUGUACUCUAGAAGAGUUUGGGAAGUACUGUGAUGAUGUUGUAAAUACAGCUGCAUGGGGAGGUCAGCUUGAGCUAAGAGCACUGUCUCACAUUUUACAAACACCAAUAGAAGUAAUACAGGCGGAUUCUCCUCCUAUUGUAGUUGGUGAAGAAUAUCCAAAACACCCAUUAAUGCUUGUAUAUAUGAAACAUGCGUAUGGCUUAGGAGAACAUUACAAUUCUGUUACACAGUUGAUGAACACAGCUACUGAAAAUCCCAGCUAGUUUACAGAAUGUCACACAAUUACGUUUUAGAACAGUUUUGUCAAUCAUAUCAUUCAUCCCAAGUUCUGGAUUGUUCUAAAUGUUACUGAAAAACACAACCACCUUAAAUGAGUUUUAUGAAAAAGCUUCUCAAAACGUUUUUCAGAGAUAUGCCAGAGAUAAAC